CUGAGAUUUGGGCUUCUUCUCCUUAUUUGUUCUUACAAUUUAGCUUUAUGCUUCUGUUCCGAUAAAGUGAUCGAUUCUUAGUUGAAUUUAACCAACUUUUUUCAUGUUGAAUUGAAAUGGUAUAGAGAAUUUGUUAGAAUGGCGAAUCGUUUUCUCACGUUUGUUUUAUUAUUUGCUGUUUGUGUGCUUCUCCGUUUGUUCUUCCCUAAGAAAGCAACACGGCUGGUUUUUUCACUACGCAAAUUUUGAUUGUAGCAUCGAUAACUCUUUUUCAUCGCUUUGGUUAGUUAAACGAAUUUAUUGGGUUUUGGGGACCAUUUGCUUUCAUGGAAAACCCUAGCUUGGGGGGACCUUGAUUGGGAUCGAAACCUAACUUAAUGUCACGUUUUAUUAGUUUGAUCUUUAUUGCUGCAGAUACAUAUCCCUUCAUGGCUCAGCUUGGUUGCCGUUUUCUUUGACAUAGUUAUUUCAAUGUGUAAAUUGUGUAGACCCUAUGGCAUAGCUUUUUAGCCUUGGGUUUUUUUUUGUUAGGAACUUUCUGGAUGUACAAAGGAUGGAUGGGUAGGGAAUGGCUAUAAGGAUUCCGUUUAUAUUGUGUUUCUUGCUCAUAUUCUGGGCAAUCUGAUUUGAGGAGCUGUGGGGUCAUUUGAAUAAAUGCCACUUAGUUUUUGUGUGAUGGAGAUUUGAAGAGAGAGCUAAGAAAAUAAGAAACCUUUUUUUCUUGACCUUCUUGCUGGUCUGGGUGAAACAUAGAAAGGUUUCUAUCGCUCAAGUUAAUGAUAAAAGUGUGAGUAAAAACGUUGAUGAGCUGUGUGUGGUGCUUGAUAUUCUCAAGGUUUUUCUUUUUUUGUUCUUUCUUAUGGUUUUUGAUAGUUGACGGGCGUUGUCUAUAAGGUCUAUGAAAUCAACCCACAUCUUGAAUGGACUGCAACAUGAUAUCUCCGAUGUGGGAGUGGGAGAAUUUGAUCAUGUCCAAUCUGUCAAAGACUGAAAAUGACAAAAAGCCGCCAUCUAUUGAGUGGGAAACUGAGAAAGGUGAAGGAAUUGAAUCUAUAUUUCCCUGUUUCCCUGGCCUCGAGAGAGUCAGUAGUGUCUCUGCCACCAGUUUCUGGCAAACUGCUGUUUCCAAAAGCUCACAGUCGGCCUCUACCAACUCGUCAUCUCCCGAAGUCAAACAAACCCAGCUUGCAUCAGAAUGUUCCCCUGGAGAUUCUUGUAGCAACAUAGAUUUUGUCCAGGUGAAGGCAUCCACAGCUACCGAUGUAUAUGGUGCUUCCGCUGAAUCAGACCUUUGUUUGAAGCUAGGAAAACAGACAUACUCUGAAGAAUUUUGGGGCAGAAACAGUAAUGACAUUUCAGCCGUUUCUACGAAGCUGUUGACUCCAUCUGUUGUUGCUCGGAAGAAAUCCAAAUCGUGUGGUCAGAGCGUGCAAGUCCCCCGUUGCCAAAUCGAUGGCUGUGAACUGGAUCUCUCAUCUGCCAAGGAUUAUCAUCGCAAGCAUAGAGUCUGCGAGAAGCAUUCAAAGUGCCCAAAAGUUAUUGUGGGUGGCCUGGAACGUCGAUUCUGCCAACAGUGUAGCAGGUUGCAUGCCGUCUCUGAGUUUGAUGAGAAGAAACGUAGCUGCCGUAAACGUCUUUCUCAUCACAAUGCGAGGCGUCGCAAGCCACAAGGAGGAUUCCCAAUGAAUUCAGAGAGGGUGUACGAUCGAAGACAGCAGACAAAUAUGUUGUGGAAUGGCUUGUCCCUUAACACGAGAUCUGAAGAAAAGUAUGCAUGGAGUACCACUUGUGAUACGAAUCCUGGACAGAUGGAAAGCGGCUUUACUUUGAGCUUCCAGAGAGGCCAUGGCUCUGAGGAGCAUUUGCAUGCUAGUAACAGCCGCUCUUUCUCGGCGUAUCAAACCUCUGGCGGGUUCUCAGCAGGGAAGUCUAACUCUCAACUUCCUGGCAAAGGUGUAGGGGAAUACUCAGGAGGCCUCCAUGAAUCGCAAGAAUUCUACAGUGCUCUCUCUCUUCUGUCAACGUCUUCGGACUCACAUGGGACUAAACACAAUCCCAUGGUCGAACCUCAGCCAAUACAUGGCACUUUCCCUACCCAUUUCAUAUAAAUGAGUAAGGAAUGCGAAGUUACUCCAUUAUAAAGUCAAGGUUGUAUCCGAUGGAGUUCCUUUUCGAAUAAAAUAAAUUGCGGUUGUGUUCGUUGCUCAAGCUAAACUAGUCACAUGGUUAGCUCUGGUUUCCUCUACUUUAGUAAGCCAAACCUUUUUAAGUCAACUUUGUUCUUGGAUCAUGUUGUAUGUCUACUUCUUCUUGGAUCCUGUUGUAUGUCAACUUCGUUACUCUAUCAGACAUGUCUACUGUUUCAUAAACAGACAUCCAUUGUUUUCAAUACAUGAUACAUCUU